CGUCAGGUGCAAAGACGACAAAAAGUGGAAGGAUACCAGGAGAUGUUGGCAGCAAGACAAAACAAACACAGACGGGACAAAGAAAGGGAAGAAAGAAAAAACACAGAUCGCAAGGAGAACAGUUACAUUCCUGGGAAGGAUGAUUUCCUCGAACAGUCUAACUCUGACACCAGCACAACGGUCUUCCAUCCUCUCCCAACCAAAACCCAAAACAGUGCAACAAAUGCUUGCGUUCCUGGGCCUGACAGGUUACAGCAGGACGUACAUACCUGACUAUGUGGAUUUGACACAACCACUGAGACACAUAAUUGCAGAAGCAGGAAACAGAAAUCUCAAAGCUACUCUUGAGUGGACAACGUUGGCCGAAGAAGCUUUCACGAAGACGAAGCAAGCCCUGAGUCAAGCGGCACACCUUUCCACUCCUGAUUAUGACGAUGAUUUUUGCCUUGAUGUUUCUGAAUCAGGUGGAAUAGUCAACGAGGUCCUGUUUCAGAAAAAAGGGGGAGUGAGACAGGUACUGAUGUACCAUAGCUCAAAGUUAGACAAUAUAGAACUAGGCCAGACAGGAUGUGCAAGACAUCUAGCUGCACUAGCAAAAGUCAUUGAGAAAACUGCACAUGUGGUAAUGUGCCACCCAUUGAAAGUCAACACAGCCCAUGGAGUAGUAGCAUUUAUAAAUUCACAAGCAUUCACAUUUUCCCCAAUCAGGAAAAUCAAGAUUCAGACCAGUCUGUUGAAACCACAUAUAACAUACCAAGCUGGUUUAACAAACAUGUCUACAGGACUGAGCACUGAAGAGCACACACCCCAUGACUGUCAGUUCGUCUCCCAAAAGGAUCUCAAGAUAAGAUCAGAUUUGGAAACAGAUCCUUUGGACCAACCAGACCUCACUCUCUACAGUGACGGCUGCUGUUACAAGGGAGACGACGGGAAUGUGGCCUCCUAUGCCGUAGUCCAGCAGGAGGGAGAAAAUAUACAGACAUUGGAAGCAGAAAUCAUCUCCCAACCUGCUUCGGCCCAACUGGCAGAAGUAGUGGCACUCACCAAAGCCUUGGAGCAUGCAAAGGGACAGCGAGUCAACAUCUACACAGAUUCAGCGUAUGCCUAUGGAGCAGUGCAUAUAGACGGACCACAGUGGAUCAGAAGAGGGUUCCUAACAUCUGCUAAGACACCAGUAAAACAUGCUGAAGCGCUAAAACUCCUGCUAACAUCUUUGCUGUUGCCAGCACAAGUGGCAGUAAUGAAAUGCAAAGGACAGCAAACAUUGAACAAUGCAAUAUCCAGAGGAAACGAUGCAGCAGACAAGGCAGCAAAGAAAGCAGGAGGGUACAGCAAGCAAAUGAUAUGUACAAAGGCCAAUACUCAAGAGGAGUUAACCACCGAACACAUCAAAGAUAUGCAGAAAUAUGCUGGAGUGUAUGAACAGAAUCAAUGGAGUCAGAAAGGAGCAAAGGAAGUAGAUGGCCUAUGGAGAGCCCACGACGGACGUUUAGUCGCACCUGCAAAAUUAUGCCACUUGCUAAUAGAACAAUCACAUGGUCCCACUCAUGUAGGCAAAGCAAGAACAACAAAAGACAUUGAACAACAGUGGUGGCAUCCUUACAUGAAGGACAUGGUUGAGAAUUUCGUAAACGACUGUGACACGUGCAAUGCAUUCAAUGUAAAAAAGCCAUACAAGUGCCCAAUGGGAAGAUAUCCAGUCCCAGAAGCCCCAUUCAAAGACAUUUGUAUUGAUUAUACAGACAUGGGAGCAGACAAUGUAGUCAGAGGGUUUAGAUAUAUGUUAGUAAUGAUUGAUCGUUAUACGAGAUGGAUUGAAGCCAUUCCUUGUAAAAAAGAAGAUGCAAAGACAGUCAUUAAAUGGCUCAAAACAGAACUCGUACCCCGUUAUGGAGUGCCAAGGAUAAUAAGAUCAGACAAUGGUUCACAUUUUACAAGCAAAUACUUGGAGGAAGUUGAGUUAUAUUUUGGUAUAAUUCAUAAGUUUGGGUCAGCAUACCACCCACAAUCUCAGGGCAUAGUAGAAAGAGCAAAUCGAACAUUAAAAGGGAAAAUAGCAAAAGUCAUUUUUGGCACAAACAUGAAAUGGGUAGAUGCUUUGCCUCUGGCACUCAUGUCAAUGAGAUCUUCUGAGGGUGCUAAAACACAUCUUUCACCCCAUGAGUUGUUAACUGGUCGGCCAAUGCCUGGGCCUCCUAGAGAAGGAGGGACUGGCCCAGUUUUAGACAUCAGACAAAUAGAAGUGGAUGAAUAUGUCAGGGCUCUGAGUAAUAUUAUCCAAGUCUUGUCUACACAGGUUCAGAGAACUGCAGAGACACCAGAAGAGACACCAGAAGAGACUCCUGUACGGCCGGGUGAUUGGGUGAGGUUGAAAGUUCACAAAAGAAAGUGGGCUGAACCCAGGUGGACGGGGCCGUGGGAAGUUGUUGAAAGAACUUCACACGCUCUCCGGAUAAAAGGUAAAAAAGGAGCAAAUUGGCACCACCUGACACAUUGUCGCCCUGCACAGGCACCUUCCAGAAAGCUCUUGGAAGUUAGGACUGAUUUGGCAGAGCUGGAACAAAACGAUGAAUAAAAAAUCAAAACAAGAGAUAUUAAGAUAGAAACAGCUCAAAAGACGAAUUGUCUUUAGGUUUUAGAGAUUGGAUACUAAAA